AUGAGACUGUCUUCACUACUCUUUCAGGCUGCUUCAGUGAUAGCAGCUGUUGCCCCUCAGCAGGAUGUCGGAGACGGCACGCCAGACUUUGACGCAUUGGCAUUAUUCUGGGACUAUGGGAGAUCGCCACCCGUAUACCCAUCUCCAAAGGGAAAAGGCACCACCGGCGCGUGGACAGAUGCCUACAAAGCAGCAGCAGCCCUGGUUGCCAAAAUGACGAACGAAGAAAAAGCCAGCGUUGCAACGGGUGCCACCACUCCGUCAAACGGCUGCGCUGGCUGGAUUCCUCCCGUUGAGCGGGUCGGCUUUCCGGGCCUCUGCAUGCAAGGCUCUGGUGCAGGCCUGCGUCCAACCGAGCUAGUUACAGCCUAUGCAGCCCCAGUGUCCAUUGCCGCCUCUUGGAACGAUGAUUUGGCCUUUCGAACCGGUUUCUACCGCGGUCUCGAGUAUGAAGCCAAGGGAGUCAACGUCGCGUUAGAACCCAUCUGUGGCCCGGUUGGCCGCAUGGCUGAGAAUGGUCGCAAUUGGGAAGGUUACGGUGCCGACCCGUACCUGUCGGGCCAGAUGAAUUACCACACUAUCAAAGGCAUUCAGAACAGGGGAACAGUGUCUGCAUGUGUGAAGCAUUUCAUCGCCUACGAGCAAGAGACAAACCGUAACCCUAUGGGGCACAAUGCUUCCGUAUCGGCGAAUCUUGACGAUCAGACCAUGCACGAGUUGUAUCUCUGGCCAUUCAUGGAUGCCAUGAGAGCCGAGUCUGGCUCGGUUAUGUGUUCAUACAACCGAGUCAAUAAUUCUUAUGCCUGCCAGAACAGUAAGACAUUGAACGGGUUGUUGAAGACGGAACUUGGUUUUCAGGGGUUUGUCAUGUCAGAUUGGGGCGCGCUUCAUGCCGGAUAUGAAGCCGCAUAUGCAGGCCUUGAUAUGGUGAUGCCAACCAGUGGCGGUUUCUGGGGUUCCAAUCUGUCCAUUGCAGUUGCCAACAGCUCGCUCGAGCAGUCGCGACUGGACGACAUGGCCACACGCAUUUUUGCGGUAUGGAAGAAAUUCGGCUCCAUCCCUAACCCCGGCUUUGGCGACCCGCCAACCACAGACUGGUCGCUUCCGCAUAAGCACACCCAGGCAAGGAACUCUUCCUCCAGGGAUACGGUCUUUGAAGGAGCUGUGGAAGGCCAUGUGCUUGUUAAGAACGUGGGCAAUGCGUUGCCAUUGAAGAAGCCUCUCGUUCUCUCGCUAUUUGGCUAUGACGCCCUCCCUCCACCAGUGGUUGACCCUGUUGCAAGCCUCAAAUGGAAAUUUGGAUAUGAAUCUCUCAAUACCAGUGAAGCCAGUGCGGCAAGUUUUAUCGAUGGAACUUGGUCCAACGGGUCCCUCAUCUGGCCAAAUGGUCCUUUGGCGGGUUAUGCAGGAACGCUCAUCACCGGAGGUGGCUCCAGUACAUCUAAUCCCCCGUACAUUGUGUCUCCUUACGCUGCGUUUGCUGAGAAGGCUCGUGAAGACCUGACAAUGCUGUCAUGGAAUUUCCAAGAUCAAGACCCUGGUGUUAUAGGGUCUAGCGAUGCUUGCAUCGUGCUCGUCAACGAGUUCUCAUCUGAGGGUUUUGAUCGAGGUGGUCUGGCAGACCCAUGGUCAGAUACGCUCAUCACCAAUGUGGCAAACAAGUGUAACAACACAAUAGUGGUCAUUCACAAUGCAGGGAUCCGCGUUGUCGAUGCCUGGAUCGACCAUCCCAAUAUCACGGCCGUCAUCAUGGCUCAUCUGCCUGGCCAAGAAGCGGGCAGUUCGCUAGUUGAUAUCAUGUAUGGGAGCGUAUCACCAUCUGGGAGACUGCCAUACACGGUGCCCAAGCAAGCGUCUGACUUUGGCCAUCUCCUUGAGCCUGUUCACGCUGAUGCGACUUCUGACUACUACACACAGGCAAACUUUACCGAAGGUGUCUAUAUUGACUAUAAACACUUCAUUAAGAACGGCGUUACCCCUCGCUACGAGUUCGGCUUCGGUCUAACGUACACGGAUUUCACCUAUAGCCACUUGACAGCCAGCCUUCGCCAUGGCAUCACCGCUUCUUCUGUUAAUGCAUACACGGGUGCCCUGACCGUUGCACGCUCCAAGUCUGCUGGCAAGGGUAAGCGGACCAGCGAGACAAGGCUACCAUGGGGCGGAGCUGUGCAUCUGUGGGAUGUGAUUGCCGAUGUCUCCGUGGUCGUGGAGAACAUAGGAAAAUAUUCCGCUAGCGAAGUUGCGCAGCUGUACAUUGGCAUCCCUGGUGCUCCAGAGAAACAGUUACGAGGAUACCAGAAGAAAGUGAUCAACCCAGGACAGAAAAUCACCGUUCAUUUCGAGAUUACCCGACGGGAUAUGAGUGUCUGGAACACCGGGACGCAGAGCUGGGAUCUGCAUAGCGGAGACUAUAACAUUUAUGUCGGGAAGAGCGUGCUUGACAUACCAUUGACCGCGACAGUGACGGUGGAAUAA